AUGAAGUCCCCUUGGGAGACCCUCAAGGCCACUCCUCUGUUUCUUCUCCUGCUCUCUCAUUCAUUGGCCUCUGCACCCUAUGAGGACCAGCCAGGUACCAGCUACUCCAAUGGCCACAACUGUGUAGGCUGUGUGGUGGUGGUAUCUGUGAUAGAGCAGCUGGCUGAAGUACACAACUCCUCAGUCCAGGUGGCGAUGGAGAGACUAUGCAGCUACCUGCCUGAAAAACUCUUCUUGAAAACCACCUGCUAUUACUUGGUCCAGAUGUUUGGAUCAGACAUCAUAAAAUUACUUGGUGAAGCUAUGAAUGCUGAUGUGGUGUGCCACGCUCUAGAAUUUUGCAAGCAGGAUGCUGUCCAAUCACAGUGUCAUCUCUACCCCCUUCCCCAGGAGGCCUGGAAAUUUACACUGGAGAAGGCAAAACACAUCCUCAAGAGGUCCUCUACUGUGAAAUAUCAUAAAAGUGGCUCCAAUAUUUGUUCACUACCAUUUUUGGCCAAGAUCUGCCAGAAAAUUGAAUUAUCUGUAAAGAAGGCUGUGCCAUUCAAAGAUGUAGAUUCCGACAAAUACAGUGUUUUCCCAACAUUGCGGGGAUACCACUGGCGAGGGAGAGAUUGUAAUGACAGUGACAAGACAGUGUACCCAGGCAGAAGGCCAGACAACUGGGAUGUUCAUCAGGAUUCCAACUGUAAUGGCAUUUGGGGUAUUGAUCCAAAUGAUGGAAUUCCAUAUGAGAAGAAAUUCUGUGAAGGUUCACAGCCCAGGGGAAUCAUUUUGCUGGGAGACUCAGCUGGGGCUCAUUUUCACAUCCCUCCUGAAUGGUUGACAGCUUCGCAGAUGUCUUUGAAAUCCUUCUUUAACUUGCCAUCAGCCCUGACUGACGAGCUCAACUGGCCCCAACUCUCUGGUGUCACUGGAUUUCUGGACUCCACUAGUGGAAUUGAAGAAAAAUCUAUUUACCAUCGUUUGAGGAAAAGAAACCAUUGCAAUCACAGGGACUACCAGAGUAUCUCCAGAAAUGGUGCAUCUUCCAGAAAUCUGAAGAAUUUCAUAGAAAGCUUGUCUAGGAACCAGGCAUUGGACCAACCAGCCAUUGUAAUUUAUGCCAUGAUUGGAAACGAUGUCUGCAAUGGAAAAGCUGAUACAGUACCAGAAAUGACCACUCCUGAAAAAAUGUACUUCAGCGUCAUGCAGACUCUGAAGCAUCUGAAUUCCCAACUGCCCAAUGGAAGCCAUGUUAUUUUAUAUGGUUUGCCAGAUGGGACUUUUCUCUGGGAUAGUUUGCACAAUCAAUACCACCCUCUAGGCCAGCUAAAUAAAGAUGUGACCUAUGCACACUUCUUCUCCUUCCUGAGCUGCCUCCAGGUCAGUCCCUGUAAUGGCUGGAUGUCUUCCAACAAGACCCUCCGGACUCUCACUUCACAGAGAGCAGAACAACUCUCCAAUACACUGAAAAAAAUUGCAACCACUGAGACAUUCACAAACUUCAAUCUUUUCUACAUGGAUUUUGUCUUUCACGAAAUCAUAGAGGAGUGGCAGAAAAGAGGUGGCCAGCCGUGGCAGCUUAUUGAACCUGUGGAUGGAUUCCACCCCAAUGAGGUGGCUUCACUGCUGCUGGCAGACCGUGUCUGGAAGAAGAUACAGUCCCAAUGGCCUCAGAUCCUAGGAAAGGAGAAUCCAUUCAAUUCUCAGAUUGAAGAAGUGUUUGGAGACCAAGGAGGACACUGAAUGUCUCUAGACAGUCAGUGGGGAAGAAAAAGGUGAAUAAAUCCUUCCACCCACCCAAUCCAGGGGCUGAUGUGCCACAGGCCCAGAGGACCCUCUUCAGUAGCAUUUCUACAGACCACUUUCCUCUCAGUUGGGAGCAGACCUGAAUGGCAAUGUGAUGCCCAUGCUUCCCACAUCAAGCUGCCUCUGCUAAAUCCUGACACACCCUUUAAGGAAGUGCUUUGUGUUGUUUCUAGUUCUGUCUAUUACAAAUAAAGCUGCUCUGGACAUA